AAUAUUAUUCUACAUUACUAGUAAUGCCUACCCUCUUUAAGCAUUCCACCAUCCAGCACGACACGACCUACGUAAGGCACCAGAGCAACGGAACGGAAAGGUUAGUUGCGGGACGUGAAACGUUUGACGGAAGAGGAAAGCAAGGGAGGGUGCGUGAUUUUGUGUGAAAGAGCCUAAAAAGUAAAAGAUAUUUGGUGAAUGGAUGGAAUUGAGGACGUGUAUUGGACUAUUUGUUAAGGUUACUCCGACUACGAGUGCAGGAGGGAGUGCAUACGUACUACGGUAUAUGUAUAUGCAAGAAGGGUUAAACGGCGACUAAGAAAACUUCUGGGAAAUACCUUGGUAUAUGUGGUUGACAAACGGGAGUUUCGGGAUUGAGCAAUUACCGUACUGGGCUGAGACAUACAUACCUAUAUACCGCGCCGUAGGAACAGGAGUGUGAUAACGAUUACGAAAGCUUUCGAGCGUUAGAACGAGGAAUUCAGCCCUGGAGGCUGAGGGAUUAAAUAGCCUUGUUUGGAUUCCUACAAGGCUGUUAUAUUCACGUUUUGUGGAUCGACCGUUCCUUCGAGCAGAUAUAGGUCGCGACAUUAUACCAUGCAUUACAUACGGAUAUUCAAGCAGCCUCGCUUGCUGCCCGUUUCAUCCUCCACUUCCUCCUCUUCUCCUCGAGUAUUAUCUGCGAAGAUUACUAUUACAACAGAUUUGGGGGAAUCGUUCUUAAUGUCCGAUGUUAAAUUACGUGCGGAUAUAGAGGUUGAUGGGGUUAGUGUUGGGACUGGGAAAGAAUAUAUAUGGAAGGGGACAAAUGGGAUGAGGAGUUUGGAGGUUCAGAUACCUGUGCGAGUACCGCGUGAAGGAGUUAGGUGGACGGCGAUGAUUGUACGGCCUGUGGGGGUCAUAUAUGAAGUGGAUUCUUUUGAGGAUGUCCUGCAUUUUAGUGAUAGGACUGUAGGUGGGAUUGCGAAGGUGAGAAGUAGGGCGAUUGACUUGAAAACUGGGGCAACUAUGUCAGAUGGUAUGGCUGAACGAGUUUUCAGUACUGGGUUUGGGAUGGAGGAGGAAAUUCGUAUAUGGGAAGAAACGGGGGAAAGUAUCGCGAGACAUAUUUGUAGGUUUUCUCAGCUUCAGGUACGUGGGUUAUUUUCUUCUAGAAACUAAUGCUUUUUUGACGUAGGGGAUGCGGGUUUAGUGCUCUCAUCAUAUCUAUCAUCUCUUCGCAAUUCUUCUAAACCUGUAGGCUCUCUUCCUACUUUAGAAAAGUUUCUGAGCACGCAACAGGAUAUCAAUAUCCUUGAAUUGGGAGCAGGAUGUGGAAUCGUGGGUAUUACACUCGCGAAGCUCUUUUAUGAUAGAAUUAGUAAGAUCUUGCUCACUGAUCUCCCUGAAGCCUCGGAGAUACUGGAGAAGAACAUUUCUACAAUGACUCCAAAGUCAGAUUCCUCGCUCCGCUGUUCCUGUUCUCAUCAAGUUCUUGAUUGGUCAAUGCCGCUUCCAGAGGAUGUACGAGGCGAGACGUGGGAGUUGGUGGUGGUAGCGGAUUGUACAUAUAAUCCUGAUGUAGUACCGGACUUAGUGCAGACAUUGACGAGAGUAAGGGAUGGAAACAGCGGGAUGUUGAUUUUGUUGGCGAUGAAGGUGAGACAUGAUAGUGAGAUGGUCUUUUUUGAGCUCAUGGAGAAGGAGGAAUUUGUGGUUGUGGAGAGGUGCAAGGUGCCUUUGAAAAUGGUGGGUGAGGAGGGGCAAGAGAUUGAGAUUUUUGUUUUUAGGUGAAUAAAAUGGUUGUUUUAUUGAUUAGUAUGGAUUAGGCUUGAUGAAUGUGUAACGUUGAGUCUUUUUUUUUACUGUGAUCCUCUUCGAAGCCGUUCGGGUGAUAGCUGAGCCCAGUCGCUUAUUUGAAAACCUACAUU